CACAUACCGCGCUUGCACUGAUUCCAAUCUGAAACGACGUAUUGACACAACAGCUCAGCUCUCUUCUGCGAUUGUAUCGGUCGAUACCACGCAUUCUAGCUUGUAUCGCUCUUAUCUUGUAAUCACCGCUGCAUCAUUGAACCAUGGAGACGCAAUCCGCGUGAUGCUUACUAGAGAAUCAUGAACUUUGUCAAUGAGGUACCAAACAGCAGCAUAGCACUCGCUAUAGGCGUCUGCGCUCUUCUAUAUCUCAUCUCGAGAACACUUUUCUGGUUCGUAGUCGGCGCUCUAACUGGCAGUGCCAUCAUCCUUCAGCUACAUCCGUUCUCCAGCAGCUUUCGACACGACAAACAUCCAAGCGUGAAAGACAGCGAGCCGCUCGAUAAGCUCGAAUGCAAAGAUCAACCGUAUGAACAGAUGUCAGUGGAGCUGCGCAGUGCACUGACCGAUGCGAUACGCCUAUUAAUCAAGAACUACGUUCAGUGGUGGUAUGCUCCACCGGCGUUUGAGUUUGACGAGGAAUUUCCUGCCAUCUGUGCAAGUAAGCUUGCAGAUAUUGCCAGCAACGUCCAUGCAUCCUUGUCAAAGAAAGAUUGCGUGUUUAUCUUUGACAUUGUCUUUGCCAAAGUGGUUGCAACGAUAGGCGCUUCUCUAUCUGACAUUCGACUGGCUCAGCUGGAGGCCAUUGAUCCGGGCGAUUUAAGUUUAUACGCAGAAGCUCAUCCAGAGUCCAUCACAGCACAGCUUCUUGACAAGGCCCAUCGACGCACCAUUUUGGAAGCAACAGCGAGCAGAUUUCUGAAGCGAUAUACGGAUCAGGAGGACUCGAAUUGUCUUCCAGCUUCUAUCUUUCUCCGCAAAGUCCUUGCCUUCCAAGUGUUGGCACCUAGCAUUGUUGCAAUCGCGGAUAAGGAUGCCAUCAAUCAGCUCAUCAUCAAUCACUUUUCUCCCACGUCUGGUCACGGGCACGCAUUACAGGAGACGAUUGCCAACGCAGCUGAGCAGCUUGGGUCGACACUCGAGCUGAAACCAGGCUUGAGUGAGGCGGUCAUUGACGAGACCAAGGAGCUAGAUCUCCCUCCAAUGACUCCCUCAAGUCCAAAACGAGGGCGAAGGCUGAGCUUCAAGGAGCGGUUGAGUGGUGUUGAAUCGCCUGAAGCUGUGCGUUCACUCUUGGAUGAUGCCGAGUCGAGGCACAAGCGAAAGACUUCGCUCCUUGCACGGACCAGCUCAUUUCUGAGCAAGUCGCGCUCACGGAGUGCCUCACCAGUCAAGUCACCCAAUUCCCGGCCGGCCCUUGGAUCUCGCUCGAAUACGCAGAUUGAUUUGUACCUGGCAGAAAUGGCGGUGUAUGAUGCUUCUGAGCAUGAUGGUGCGAUUGAUAUGAGCCGCAAAGUGCGCAUGGAUUUGCCACCACAACUGACGGUGAUGCUGUCGCCGACCAAAGCACCGGGCGAGGAGUCUGCCGCGAAGGGUAUUUGCAUUGUAAAGAGCGUACAGGAAUUGGAGAUGCUGGAUCAGCAUUUGAGGAGGAUUCCUGGGAAUGUUUCCCUGGAUGGGUUUCCAGCCUGGACGGAGAUGAGCUAUGGCGAGCUUGAACAGGCUUCCCUUCGCUAUCUAUCGAGCAUCGUGCAGACUGAGGCACUCGCGCGUUCAGAUGCCUUUGUGCGAUUCUGCCGACAAGAUCUUGACUUUGAAGCGCGCAUGAAGGCCUUGGGUGCGUCUAUUGAGCAGGUGAGUCCGCGGGAGGAGCUAGCAACAUUGGCAGAGACACCCACACGGCCUAACUCUCCCUCCAAGCCGCUGUCUCCGUUUCGCCGGAAUAGCACGUUUGCGUUUCCGCCUGUGGAGCGUCCGAGGUCGCAACGGAGCCAUAGUCGAGCCCAGUCGCGGUCUGUGUCGCCUGCAAAAGUGUCUGCCGAGUCACUCAUGUUGUCUGGUUCAAGAUCAUGGCGCGAUCGAUCGAGUGAGUUGGAUGUGCAAGGGUUGGUGGAUCAAUCCAUGGCACUGCUGGGGUCCUUCUUUGCGCUGUCAAACAAGACUUGGACGAUUCGGCGGCAGCUGCUCAAUUUGCUGCGAGGGCUGUUACUCAGUCCCAAUAGCAGUUAUGCACAAACAAUUGUCAAGCAGGUGGAGGGGAUCUUUGAUGCGUGGGUGGAUGGGCAUGCCCUGGCUCAACACGUUCGAUAUCUUUCUGAGCAGCUCUUUAGCGAUGCGCCGCCGUCGUUGAAGAUUGACAAGACGGAAUCGCAUGCUCGGGCUGAAGCGGCCAAGGUGCUCCUGUUGAGGCAAGGUGUGCCGCAAGCCAUCAAGUCGCUGAUGGGGGCCACGCCGACGAAUGAAGCGACGCUUGUGUUGUUUGAGGUGAUGCAGAAUCAGGAGUUGAUGGAGGGUCUGUUGUGCAUGACCUUGUGUGAUGCGUUGAAAGUUGUGAUGAAUGCUUGAUGCUAGAUGGUCUAUGGAUGUACAGUAGUCAUUCUAGAGUCUCACUAGUAGAGGGCUACUACCAAGCGCUUGAAUUCUGGUUAAGGUUUGACAGGUGCGAUGACGGCGAUGAGUGGAUGAGAGCUGCGCGCGGAUCUCGGCAGAAUCAGGGCAGGACAGCAGCCUGCACGACGACACAGCUAGAUUGAGCUA